AUAAAUUAGGACCUCAUGGGGACCCCGCAUCUCAUGGGGCCCCCUGCAGCCGCAGGCUCUGCUUCCUCUAUAGUUACGCCCCUGCACUAAUCAAUCCACCUGUCCUCUCAAUGAGGAUUUCCUGAAUCCUAACACAAGAAGGGGCUCGUGGUUAACUUGCCUGGGAUACUCAUUUUAAACCAUGGAGAGCUUAUAUGCCUUUGCUCUGUCAUUAGAUAUUAUAGUAAAAGCAAGAAGAACCUGCUAACCAUUCUGGAUUCCUUUCUACACAGCUACAGUUUUCUAUAAAAGGCAAUUAACUCCAGCUGUCUCCCCUUCAAUGUACAGACUGCUCUAGGGUUUCAGGCCACAAAACGCAGCACUUCUCUCAUAAUGGUAAUGUUUCUACUCAAGGCCUUGUCUAAUGUUUCUCUCUGGAAUUUAAGUACUAUGGGGGCAGACCAGGAGCAGAUGGCAGAAAGCUGGUCAUUCCCUGUCAGGGAUCAUGCUCUGAAGAUUGGAAUUAUUACAGCUCUUGGUUGUUUGAUCAUCUUGGGGAAUUCCUUUGUACUGCUAGUCAUUGCCUCCUCAGUGUCUGGCUGGUCCAGCAACAGCCGCUACAUCCUUAUCUCAUUGACUGGAACAGAUGUUACACUAGCUCUUGUUGUGGUGCCUCUCAACUUAUAUGGAAGUCUUGCCCUAGAACCUGGGGAAGAGGAUGAUGAAGAGUCUCCGAUUAGCCGUUACUGCCACAUAGUGGCUUUUCUGAACUCUUCAGUGUUUGCCUCUUCUAUUUACUCCCUCACCACCAUAAGCUUGGAACGUUACGUGGCAGUAUUCUUCCCUCUGCACUACAGUCGGGUUAUGAGUCGUCGACGGGUCAAGUUGUUGAUUGCUGCAGCCUGGCUGUUGCCGCCCAUCUUUCUGUGCCCAAUCUCUAUCCCUGGUGGGCGAUUUAUAAGGGUCUACUUCUCCCGAGCUUCCCUUAUCUGCAACCCAGACUAUGCUAGCAAUGUUGCUUACUCUCUUCUUCUCACUGCUGUCAUCUUCUUCCCUUGCUCGGCUAUAGUCACCUUUGCCAACCUGAGACUAUGGCGAGUAGCAAGGAGGCAAAGCAGGCGAAUGAGUGUGGGCUGGGCUGCAAAAAGCCAGGGCCUGUGUCUGCCCACUGUGUGUGGGAGACUGGCCCAAAAUAGAGAGUCUGGACCGAAUAAAGGCCUGAAUAAGGACAUGGGAGACAAAGGCCCACGUAAGGGAGAUGCUGCAUCUAGAGUACUUGUUCCUGUUGUCAUUGUGUUCUACAUGUGCUGGGCACCCUGCAUGAUUACUAUCCUGUAUAACGCCAUCACUCAGGAUCGUGUUCCAGAAUGGGUAGAGUUUGCGGCUCUUUGGCUUCCAUGUGGAAAUGGUUUCCUCAACUGCUUUGUCUACUUCUGGAUAAACAAAAGCUUCCGGCAGAAAUUUCGACAACUGGGACGGAAACUGUGGCCUUGGGGCUGUACUCCUAAGAAUCGCCAGUUCAUGACACCCACCAUUAGUGCCACCAUUCACUGUAUGAAUAACAAUGAUGUUCUGCAAGAGAGGUCAUGCAGUGUGUCGUCUUCAUGCAUGUUGCUCCCGCAGGCCGGUGAGACUGUUUUAUAAAGUCCCUCUACUCAUGUAGUUUUCUUUAAAUUACCCACCAGUGCACUUUAGAGCAACUACCAAGAGGACUCCAUUUGUAGAAAGCUGUGAUAUGAAACCUGCAUAUAUCAUCCUGAAGAGAUUUGUUUUCAGCUCCUAAAAGUAGCUGCUCUUGACUUGCACAUGACUGGAAUGACCUGUCUGAGUUUACAGAGGUAGUGCACAACAGAACUGCUGCUUUGUCCGUACAAGAGUAAGAAUGGGCAUUUAUACGUGGAUCUUCUGUCUUUGUCAUAUGUCUGAAAGCUUGUAACAAGUGUAGGACUCGGUUUUUAACACAAAACUGAGAAAAAAAAGCCUCUUGAAAUUUUGCAAAUGUUACGUAUAAGCAUUUGGAAAGUCUAGUAGAAGAAGAAAAGGACUUUUCUUGACUGACGCUAUACAAUACUCUGCUGAAAAUGAGCAGUGCCUAUAUAAAUUGACCGGAAAACCAUAAAGUAGUAACAGAUCGAAACAGAUCAGAAUGUGCCUUGAAUAAUUGCUUUAAAGCUGCCAAUUUUUUUAUACAAAAAGAUGUCAUUGUAAUGACAUUUAGCCCCAUAUUUUUUAGUAAUAGAGGGCUGCAUAGAGAUUUUGUUUGGAGGCAAUAUGGAUGUUAUUGACCAGUUAGCUGGAUGGCCAUGGAUCUUGCACACAACUGACUUACCCUUUCGAAGAGAAGCUGCUCCUAUAAAUGCCAUGUUUGGUGCCUGUAGUACAAUUUAAUUAAUAUUUUCUAGCCUUAUAUGACCUCCUAAAAGGCUUAAAUGAUAAAUGUACUUUUACAUUAAAAAUUUCUAAAAACUGCGAUAAGUCGGUGGCUUCUGAAUAAAUUGGAAACUGCAAUGAUAUAUUCUGAAUGUUCAGUCUGAUCUGCAUGCAUUAAGGGCCAAGUAAUGUAUUGCUCCAAGUAUAAUACUUGCGUUCAGGCGUCCCCAUGAUCAGAGAUAUAACAUGUAAAGGAAAAAAAUCAACAAAAGAAAAAAAAAAGCAAACAAAGUCACUGCUUUUGUUUUAUUUCAGUUUAAGGCUAUGUCAUUUUUAUUGUUUUGUUUUU